AGCCUUUUUUCUACGUAUCAAAAGGUUCUGGGGCGCUCGUUUUCUGUAACCCUCUUUUUCGCUCUUUGGAAAAUGGAAGAAAAAGAGGAGCUUGAAGAAAUAGAAAAAGUAGAAGAUGGCGAAGAAGGUGUGUGGGAAGCAGAAGAAGUAGCAGUGGAGGGCGUGAAGGAGGACCGGUUGAAGAUGGAAGGAAUGGCAUCAAUAGCUUUGUUACCGAACGGGUCAAUAUCGGGUCAUUUUGUUCAUCUUCCCCAUUCUGUUUGCUAUGGCAUCCAUGGCACUGAGUUGGCAUGUGAAAGGGAAUGCAGCAGGGGUGAGGACUAUUGCUUGGUCAAACUGACUAUAAUAGACUUCAAUAGCAAGAAAGAACGAGAUGUAGUAGUUGAACGAAGAGGUCAUGAUGCUGCACGGUUAUGUAAUGUUGAUCAUGCUCAUGGAUGGGAGAAGGAUGUUGUUAAUUUGGUUGAUGAGAAGCACAAGAAGAGCAAGAUUGUAGUUUCUUUCAAGUGUGAAACGCUUAAAGCAGAUGAAGCAGCAGAAGAACAUCUUAGGCGGUUCAUGCCUAAAUUAACUGGCAUGGAUGCUGUUGUUAAUAUUGGGAAGAUGAGUAUCACAGGCUUGGACUUCAAAGCAGAAGUGGGAGUUACGGAGCCAAGCUCCUAAAAUAAUUCGUAGUUAGAUGUUUGACACUUGGCAAUCCUGCUGCUUUUGACCCGUGGCUUAUAUUCUUUAAGGAUGGAUCAAGCCUAUCGGUGUUAACGAGUCAAGUCUGAGUAACUGAUGUAUUUGAGCUCGAUUCGAGAAAAUAAUAACAUGUUUGUGCUCAA